CGAUAAAUCAACUUUUUAUAUAUUCUACACACAACCCAUUGUUUUGCAAUUGUUUAACGCUUUCCCUUUUUAUAUGGCCUUGUCUAAUUGCCUUCCAAAACUUUACAAAAUAUAUAUUUAAUAAAAUAUCUUCCAAGUCCCACAUAUUUUAAAUAUAACGGACAUAAACAUUAGUGAUUUGAAUGUAAAUAAAUUUUUUCAUUUUUUAUAAUGUAAUUAAAAAGUAAGCAACACCAACACACAACGAUUAAUAAAAGAAAAAGAUAUUAUAUUUUAAAUAGCAAUUCAGCCGUUGAGAACUGGUAAUAGUGUUUUCGAAAAAAUUUAUUGAUAUUUGGGGCAUGAGCCACUCUUUGGGAUUUCGAAAACAUGAUGAUAAUGAGUGCAGCGGACCACGACCACCAGUACCAGGAGAAGAAAGCCGUACUAAGAAGAUGACUGAAGGGGUGACUGAAUGUUCUCGAAAUACGCCACCAUCAUAUUUGAACUGGGCACGUACGCUUAAUCAUCUCCUUGAAGAUCGUGAUGGUGUCGAAUUAUUUAAAAAAUAUGUUGAAGAGGAAGAUCCCGCUUACAAUGAUCAUUUAAAUUUUUACUUUGCCUGUGAAGGUCUUAAACAACAGACUGACCCAGAAAAAAUCAAACAAAUUAUUGGUGCUAUUUACAGAUUUUUGCGGAAAAGUAAAUUGUCAAUUUCGGAUGAUUUACGACGCACUAUAAAGGCUGGUCUUAAGAAUGAAAUCACACUCAAUCCAAAUAUAUAUGAUUCCAUGCAGCAGCAUGUGGAAACCACGAUACGAGAAAAUAUAUACCCUGCAUUUUUAUGCUCCGACAUGUACAUAUUAUAUAUACAACAAAUGUCUGCUGUACAUGAAAGAUUUAUCAGUGGACCAAAUGGAUCUGGAAGUGGCAGUAGUAGUGGUGCAAGUUGUGGCAGUAAUGUCAGUAAUAUAGCAGCAACAAGUGGCGCUUGUUCGUUACCUAUAUCUAAUACUUCGAAAACUGCUUCAACGACAGCAGGUCCAUUUCUUAAUUUUGCAAUAAGUGCAAGUAAUGCCUUACCUUCAACGGGGUUAUGUAGCGCAAGUGGAAGUGUUUACGGUCCUUCAACUUCAGCAAGUUCAAGUGGUUCUGUUAGCGCUACUGAUACCUUACCUCGGAGUUCUACUUUACCAACAUUACAUGAAGACUCAGAAUUAUCACUUUAUGACGACUUCGAAAAGCUUCGUGCUGAAGGCCGAACUUCAGCUGAUAUCCCUAUACGUCUAACGCACGAUCUUUUAUUAGCUACUCAAAAAAGAAGACUGGAAAUCCGGCCACCAGGAGAUGGGAGACCAUACAUACAAAGGAGACAUGGAUCUACUGAAAGUAAAGCAAUUCGUCAAAGUGCAAUAACCAAUAAAGAAACAAAUACAUUUCAAGUAAUCCCUCGCACACAACGACUUCAUUCAAAUGAACAUCGCCCUUUAACAGAAUCAGAAUUAAUUUCACUACUAAUUCCCAAAUUAGAAGAAGUUAAACGCAUGCAAGAUUUAGAAGAACGGUCUCGUUCAGAGCGCUUUUCGGAAAAAAAUAUGCCUACCAAUGAGAGACUUGCCAAUGAUCGUGCAUUUGCGGAAGCUAUUCGCGAAAAAUUUUCUUUGGAUGAAGAUAAUGAUCAAGACAUUUUAGAUCAGCACGUAUCCCGUGUUUGGAAAGAUCAAACACCUCACCGUUCUCCUGGUACGAUGUCACCUUGCCCGCCUAUACCUUCAAGAAGACGUACUGUUACGCAAGAUUCAGGAAUGCUUAGUGAUGGUGGGCAUUCCAUGAAGCACUCUAAGUCUAUGCCAGACCACAGUUCCUCGUCAAGGAAGCUUACAAAUAAAUGGCCUUCCAUGAACACAGAUAGUGGAAUUAGUUUGUUUUCAUCUGAUACCCUUAUGAAGUACAAAGAUAUAAGCUCGCGUUCUGGUUCAAGUACAACCUCUAAACUUGAAGAGGCAAAAAGAAGACUGGAAGAUGAGACUCGAAGAUCUCGUCGAUAUACUCAACAACAUCUGCCUGCUCCAAUGCACCAAUCUACAUUUAGCAGUAGUAGCAGCGGCAGCAGUAGUUUACAUCAACUGCCACCACCUCCACCACAACCUGCGAAACCCCAAGAAACGACCACUGUAGUUUUUUCUUUUUGUGAUGAAGAAUAUCCAUAUAGGACAAAAAUACCUGGCACUCAACCAACAUUAAAGCAAUUUAAGGAGUAUUUGCCAAAAAAAGGAGGCCCUUAUAGAUUUUUUUUUAAAACUCACUGUGAAGACCCAGAUAGUCCGGUAAUACAAGAAGAAAUCGUUAAUGACUUAGAUAUUCUUCCCUUAUUUGAGGGCAAAGUAAUGGGACUUGUUAAACUUUCGGAAUAG